AUGAUUGAAACCUUGGCAUCUGCUUCUAAGCAGUCCCCCACUUUAUCAUUAGGCCAAGACACCAGUGGGCUUGGAGAUGUUGCUGGGGCUUUACCAAGGGCUUUGGCUCGGCGUGGUCAUAGGGUUAUGGUUGUGGCACCACGUUAUGGUAAUUAUGCUGAACCUCAAGAUACUGGAGUUAGGAAAAGGUAUAGGGUUGCUGGGCAGGAUAUGGAGGUGGUUUACUACCAAGCCUAUAUUGAUGGUGUAAAUUUUGUUUUUGUGGAAAGUCCUGAGUUUCGGCAUAGAAAAAAUAAUAUAUAUGGAGGAAAUCGUGUGGAUAUUUUGAAGCGAAGGGUUUUAUUGUGCAAAGCGGCUGUUGAGAGGUGCAGGCAAAAGCUGUCAUACUCUCAGGUCCCUUGGCAUGUCCCAUGUGGUGGGGCCUGCUAUGGAGAUGGAAAUUUGGUUUUCAUUGCAAAUGAUUGGCAUACUGCAUUGUUGCCGGUAUAUCUAAAGGCAUAUUAUCGGGAUAAUGGAUUGAUGAAAUACACGAGGUCUGUCCUUGUAAUUCACAACAUAGCUCACCAGGGUCGUGGUCCAUUGUUUGAUUUUUCCUACAUCGAUCUUCCUCCACAAUACUUGGGACUUUUUUUAGAAUUGAGUCAUGGAUAUGCCUGGGAGCUGAAAACUUCUAAAGGUGGUUGGGGUCUGCAUGGGAUAAUCAAUGAGAACGACUGGAAACUGAAGGGGAUAGUGAAUGGAAUUGAUACAAAAGAUUGUAGCCCAGAGUUGGAUGUAUACCUGAAAUCUGAUGGUUACACUAACUACUCCCUGGAGACCCUUCAGACUGGCAAGCAACAGUGCAAGGAAGCAUUACAGAAGGAGCUUGGUUUGCCCAUUCGUGGUGACAUCCCAUUGAUUGGAUUCAUAGGGAGGUUCGAUCCCCAGAAAGGUGUUGAUCUGAUAGCUGAGGCGGUUCCUUGGAUGAUUGGUCAGGAUGUGCAACUAGUCAUGUUGGGCACGGGAAGGCCUGACCUUAAGGAUAUGCUCAGGCAUUUUGAAAGUCAACACCGCGACAAAAUUAGAGGAUGGGUUGGUUUUUCGGUAAAGACAGCUCACCGGAUAACUGCAGGUGCGGACAUAUUGCUGAUGCCAUCAAGAUUUGAGCCUUGUGGACUGAACCAGCUAUAUGCCAUGCGCUAUGGAACUAUUCCCGUUGUACAUGGUGUGGGAGGGCUGAGAGACACUGUGCAACCUUUUGAUCCUUUUAAUGAGACGGGACUUGGGUGGACAUUUGAUAGGGCCGAGGCAAACCUGCUGAUCAAUGCAUUGGGGAACUGCUUAUUGACUUACCGGCAGUACAAGGAGAGCUGGGAAGGGAUCCAUAGACGGGGGAUGAUGCAAGACCUCAGUUGGGACAAUGCUGCUCAGAAAUAUGAAGAAGUCCUUGUUGCUGCCAAGUACCAGUGGUGA